AUGACUACAACCAAACCAACCCUCAGCUUCUUCGGCGCAACGGGCGGCUGCACGCUCGCAUGCCUCGCUCCCGCCCUCGAGGCAGGAUACAACUGCGUCGCUCUCGUCCGCAACCCCCAAAAACUCACCUCCGCCCUCAAAGCCCGCAACAUCGCCGCCUCCACGCUCUCAACGCACCUAACCCUAAUCGAAGGGUCCACGUCCGACCUCCCCGCGAUCAAGGCAACGCUGUUCCCAACACACCUCGCACCCCCCUCAAUGAUCCUCUCGGGCGUCGGCGGACGCCCCGACUUCUCGAACCCGCUGAAACCGAAAUUCAUCGGCGCCACCGUGUGCCAGGAUACAGUGCGCAAUAUCCUGAGGGUGCUGCGCGAGAACACGAAGCCCGAGACGCCGCGGGAGUUCAAGCCGGUCCUCGUGUGUAUUUCGACGACGGGGAUUGCGGCGGAGCGCGAUAUCCCGCUUGCUAUGGUGCCGCUGUAUAUGGCGCUUAAGACGCCGCAUGCGGAUAAGAGGGUUAUGGAGGGCUUGGUGUUUGAGGAGAUGGGGAGGGCGGAGGGGGAGAGGGUUCUUGGGGACUAUGUGCUUAUUCGGCCGAGUUAUUUGACGGAUGGGGAGAGUAGGCGUGAUAAGGUGAGGGUGCUGAAGGGGCAGGGGGAGGGGCAGAAUACGGCGUUGGGUAUGGCUUGUCCGUUUGUCGGGUAUACGAUCUGUCGGGAGGACGUUGGGGGGUUCAUGUUUGGGUUAGUGGAGGGGUUGGAUGGAGAGUGGUAUGGGGAUAAUGUUGAGGCGAAGGGGAGGGAGUAUUUUGGGAGUGUUGUUUCGAUUUCGCAUUAG